CGGUUGAGAUUUGCGAAAUUCGCUCCCUACGUCGUGAUGUCCUGUUGUUAGCACCCACCCCUAAUGUUUGUAUGCAGAUUUUCCACGAGAUUUUCCAGCAGAGAAAAGUGAACCGUCUGUGCAAUUCGCAGAUCCAAAGGGUUAUAGAAAAUAAGCGGAGUGUGCUCGUUCUGAUUCUGACCCUUCCUGGUCAUCCGAAGGCAGAAGGGAAUCUCUGUUUCAUUGCUUUGGGGGAAAAUUCACUGCCAUCAAGACGAGUGCGAAAAUAUUGAAGUGCGAAUUUAUUACUGUGAGCGGUUUGAAUAUUUGCUUACAAAAUCACUCUGGUUGUGAUGGGACCUUGUGCAUUACGAGUUGGUUGUGUUUGAUUGGUAGCUCUCUGUGCGACUGGUUUUAAAAUAAACGAAUUGCAGGAAAGUGAGAAAGACGUGCAGCUGAAAGUAAUUCUGAUAUUUGUGCAAAUAGAAGUAAUUUGUAGAGAGGAGCACUGUUUCGUGACAAGUUUACUCGGAUAAAUUUGUUCACGAGAAGAAAAAAUAGUUCGGAAAUGAUAGUUACUGCAGAAAGCUGACAACAAACGGUGAAUUAAUCUUUUAUUAAAGAUUCGAGCACAAUUUAGCUAGAAUAUGUGCAUUUCAUGCUCCAGCCAGACAAACAGCUCGCACGUGUGACCUCCUACCCAUAGACCGCCCGCGUGCACACCCACCCACCCGCGACCGCUCGGCGAGAACCGGUUCGUCAGCGGACUCUUUGUUGCCCACUGCAGCGGCCCCUAUUUGCUGCUCACGGAGUGCAACAAACGGCAGCACUUGAACUUCUCCGCGGAGCAAAAAAACAACCCGCAUCAGCAGAGUUGGUGAGCUGAGCUGCAGAGAAAUCCGAACCGCGCGGCAACAGCGAUGACGAGUUCGACGGCGGCGUACUGAGAGAGAUAAAGAGCCAUAAAGUGAAUCACAAGAACUUCGAACGCAAGUCGUCGCAUUGGGGAGCUUGCGGCUUCGAUAGUCUCCGCUUAGUCAACCCCCAGCCGUUAGCGGAGUCGUGUGUGUGGCGUUCGACUGAUUAGUUAGUACUCAGUCAACCGCCGUUCCGAGAUAGAACCAAGAUUUCUUUUAGUCGCAGCGAGACGGUUGGACCUGACGUUCUGUUUUCGGUGGAGACUUGCGGAGUUCUUGCGCGUUGAAUCGUACUGCAUGCGACGUUUUCACCCGGAGAGUUUCUCGUGUAGUGAUUGAUUUAGAGUUUUCUUCAACAAUUGCGUGUAAUAUCCGAAGAAAGAAGAAAAAGCAAUCAAUUAAGCUCUGGAGAAAAGUAUCGUGCGGAACGAAAUGUAAGGCCCCCGAUAAUCAAUUGAUUUAGAAAAGAAGAUCCACAAAAGUGUCUGCGAAGUGCACAGAAUCGGAGAAGAAAGAUAAAGAAGCGUAGAGCAUAAAAUCACCGUUGCUGAUGCUAAUGAGAAGAGGAAUGUAAUCUUAGUUCAAGCAUAGUGAAACAGAAGCAAAAGAACGAGAAAGCGAGUACAAAUAAUUGGCUCGCUGCUUGUGCAUGUUUGAUAAGUCUCUGGUGGUAAAGCAAGUAAAAAUUGUGCUGGAAAAAAUCGUUUUAGCAAGAAGCAAUUUGUUGUGGGUGGAAUCGCUGCGAGUGUGUUACACAAGAAGAUUUUCCACAGCCAGCCAACGGUAAUCGUGUGAGUGGAGAAAAAAAAAUCAGAAUUAAAUGUGCUCAAUUUGCUGCGUAAUCUUUGGCAUACAUAACUUCGGCUGCCUGCAGCAUCUUACCCGCGUUGAAGACUAAUCAGCUGUACCCAUCGAGGGCCCACCAGCCAAGCCUCGGUUGGGAGAUUCUACACAUCGCAUCGUCACGGACAGGUUUGGUUGAAACUGCACCCUACUUUAGACGAGCUAGCAUUAUUGUAGAAGCCAGAACCAACCUUCCCACAUUGAAGCUGCCAUAGAGCUGCAAUCAUCAUGUUGGAUCGUGGACCAGUUCAGCUAGACAACGACAAGUGUCGUCGUGAGCGGGAACCGCACCUGUCCGGAUCGCGACUUGAUCUCGCCGGUCUAUGCAUCAGCUCACGCAGCAACACGUCCAGAUCAAGCCGAGCAAACAUGGUCGACUCACACGGAAAUGCCCUGCCACCAUUGAGCCCGUCCAGCAACAACAACUCAUCCUCGUCAACGGCGGCCAGCGAGAGUGAACAGCAGAGGCCCGUCCCGUUGACGCCUAGUGAAGCACUGAAAUACCACGGAACCCGCUUGACAGACUACGAGAAGCAGGAAAUCGAAAAGUAUCCGGAAAUCUAUUACCUGGGUCUCGAUGCCUGCAAAAUCAACGCAAAGCCGGGGACGGCACUCAACUCGGGUUACGACGAUGACAAUGGCAGCUACAACAAGGUGAUCCACGACCAUGUUUGUUACCGGUACGAAAUCCUGGAAGUCAUCGGCAAGGGUAGUUUCGGUCAGGUUAUCCGGGCGUUGGACCACAAAACCAACCAACAUGUGGCAAUCAAAAUCAUUCGAAACAAGAAACGCUUCCACCAUCAGGCUCUGGUGGAGGUUCGGAUAUUGGACGAACUGCGCAAGAAGGACGUGGACGGAGCGUAUAAUGUGAUACACAUGCUCGACUAUUUCUACUUCCGCAAUCAUCUGUGCAUCAGCUUUGAGCUGAUGAGCCUGAACCUGUACGAGCUGAUCAAAAAGAACAACUACCAGGGAUUCAGCCUGAGCCUCAUCCGACGGUUCUGCAACUCGAUAGUCAAGUGUUUGCGAUUGCUCUAUCAGGAAAACAUCAUCCACUGUGAUCUGAAGCCCGAAAACGUUCUGCUCAAACAACGGGGCAGCAGUUUGAUAAAGGUUAUCGAUUUUGGCAGCUCAUGUUAUUCGCACCGCAAAGUCUACACCUACAUCCAGUCCCGCUUCUACCGGUCACCGGAGGUCAUACUGGGGCUUUCGUACGGGACGCCGAUUGAUAUGUGGAGCUUAGGAUGUAUACUGGCGGAGCUGUACACCGGAUAUCCGCUGUUCCCCGGGGAGAAUGAAGUGGAACAAUUGGCUUGCAUCAUGGAAGUGCUCGGCCAUCCACCGGAUGAUCUCAUCAAUACUGCCACCAGGAGGAGGUUAUUUUUCGAUUCGAGAGGCACUCCCAGGUGCAUAACCAAUUCCAAGGGACGCAAACGGAAACCAGCGUCCAAAACGAUCUCGCAGGCACUCCGCUGCAACGACACCGUGUUCAUCGAUUUUGUCAGCAAAUGCCUAGAAUGGGAUCCCAAGAAACGCAUGACACCGGAAGAAGCCGCUCGCCACGAAUGGCUCCAGCCGAGUGCGUCCUCUACGUACGUUUCGUCCAAGUCCAAGGAGAACAGCGAAGAAAACAUGAAACAACUAAGUUUCAUGCAAAAGUUACAACGAUCUCAGCCAAUGACACCAAAUACAAUCCUUCCGGAGAUCAAGACCCCUAACAACCGGCCGCGCUACGUUAAGGAACGAGUCAAAGCAACAGAUCUCGAAACAGCACAACAGCAGUACUCGUUGCAUCGAUUAUAUCACGCCCGCAAGACGACUCUGAACUCGUCGAACAACAACAGUGGCAGCAGCACCAAUAUCAGUAGCAGCAGCGGCAGCAGCAGUCACCAUAACAACAACAAUAAUAACAACAACAACAAUCACAAUGGCAGCAGCUCGAUGAUCAACCAACAGCAGCAUGGCAGCAGUCAAACAAUAAACUCCAGCUCGAAGUAUCCAUCGAGUCACCACGUGGGCGGGCAUCACCAUCAUCACCACGGUGGAAUGCCACACUCUCAGAGCACUGGGGACGUGUCGGCCAUCUUUGGCCGCGCAUGACAUGACACCCUGAGUAAGGCCAAGGACACCAGCAAGAUCAUCAGCAUGAUCUAGAAGCUGGUGUGCCCGGGGUCUGGUCGGUUGAUCGUCACGCUCUACAGAAUGCUGCACUAGAUAACGAUGCAUAGGGAACAGGGGAUAUUGUUUAGAGUCCGUAACUCUGCGAAUAGUUUGUAGCGAAGAGAACAGAGCUCGGGUCGCAUCUGGGCUAAAUAUUGUAGGUCAUAGCGACAUAGAGUGUCUAUGGUAUGAAAUGUUAAUCAGUAUCCAUAAUCCUCAGAGAUUAAUCUUCCUCCCACUGCCUUUCUUCCAAAAAACAAACGUAGAGGAGUUCUCUCCCUAGGUGACAGAUCUCCGUAAGGUAGACUAGGUAAAAAAACAUGAUGUAGAUCGAAUUGUACAUAACAAGGUGGGAAUCUCCUCAUAGAAGUAUGUUUCUUGCCAUUUCCGACCGACGCAUGCGCGAUGGCCUGGGUCACUCUCUUAUCAAGACUAUAAAUUGAGACGAGCUCUCCGAAGUGCUUGCAACUGAAGCGCGCCGUUCGAUAUCUCUUCCGGUAGAAAUAUUCCAUGCAACGGCUUCUCUCUUUUGGCGUUUUAAUAGGUUUAUCGAAAUCUUCAUUGGCGCAUCUGUGGAGCGCGGUCGGAACGAGAACCAUCGAAUCCUCCCAAAAAACAACUUCCCGUAUAUUUAGCGUAGAAAUAGACAGAAAAGCGUAGCUAAGCGUUGAAAUUGAUUAAAAUAGAACCUGAUAAUGGUUACGAUAGAUGUGGUGAUAUUGGUGCAAAUGCCGUCAUUGCUAAUAGACUUUAGGAUGUGAAUGGUACCUAAGAUUGUUUCCUCUCUAUCCAGCUGACAGGGACCUUUAAUAGAAUGUAACAAAACGUUUAAAUCGAUUCCGAAUAGUGGAGGACGAGGAUAGACCAAAAUAGUAGCGAGACCAGGAACAGACGAUUUAGAGUGUUCGAAUCUAGUUUCGAAGCAAUUGUACAGUAUGACUGACUUUUAACGGUAAAACUCUACCAUGUAUUCAUAACGUAAUAUGUAAUUUAUUGUUUAAAGGAAAUCCAGAUGACAAAAUCUAAUGAAAAAUAAUUGAAAAAAGUCAAAUAAAAUAAAUUUAAAAACAGAUUAAUCAUAACCAGCAGUUAUUGCAAGUGAUCCAUAGUACGUAGUGGAAGAAAAAGAAUCAUUUCUUUAGCCUAAGCAUUGAGAUAACCUCUAUUUAACGGAUGUUUGUUUGGUGCCUCUCGGACCUAAAUCAUAAUAAAGCAGCGUAAAAUUGCCUGUCCUACAGGUGGCAAAAUAUGUAAAACCAAGCUAUUAAAUUGUUCAAUUGUAAUCGCAGAGCUGACAUUUCUUCAAUCAAAAUAUAUUCAAUUGCUAGGCUCUUUUCUCCAGACAACACUAUCGAUUGCGUUUCAAGCAUAAACGCUGACUUACUACAUAUAAUGCAAGUAUAAAUGUAUGGAUUAUUAAUCUUAUAUAAUGGACAAAUUAUUUUGAGAAUCAGUGAAGACCCGAAAAUAAAACUUUUAAUUAAUUAUCCAUAGCAAUGCAUCGAAUAA